AUGAUCGACGUCUUCUCCAAAUACGUAACGUUUGACAGUGUGAAGAAGCCAACGGCUACCGUACUGUGGCGCAAGUUGGAACGGCGCAUCCAACACCUCGGAAAACCGUCAGCAGUACUGUGCGAUCAAGGAACUCAAUUCACGGCGAAGUUUUGGAGAAAAACGCUCAAGGACAACGAUAUCAAGUUAAUCGUUACCUCGGUGCGACAUCCCCAACCCAACCCAGUGGAACGAAGCAUGCGGGAGCUGUCCAGAUUGUGCCGAGCAUAUUGCCAGCUAAAUCAUCGAUCCUGGGCUCAGCAGCUGAAUCGUUUUGCCGACUGGAUCAACUGUGCGUACCACGAGUCGACUGAGCGAACGCCGCACGAGCUACAAUUUGGAGAACGGCCACGAGACGCGCUGCAGGAGUUGUUCGAGAGACGAGGUGCUGAGGUCGAAUCCGGUCUCGUCGAAGCGGAUGCCAUUGUGAAGAAGUUCAUCAACGUUUACGAGGGACCGUACGUCAUCAAGGAGGUAGUACAGACGGACGUGUUCAUCCUGGCAUAUCCAAACCACAACAAGCAACGAGGUAUGUUCCAUAUUAACCUGUUGAAGCCAUUCGUAACUCCCAACACCACCGGAGGCAACAACAACACCAACAGCAUAUCCAGCACCAACAACAACAGUCCCAGCAACGUCAACACCAACCCCAGCAGCAUCAACAUCAAUCCCAACAACAGCAACAACUUCAUCAACUCCAGCAACCCUAUCAAGACCAACAACAGCAACAGCAACAUCAACAACUUCAGCAACCAUCUCUACAGCAACACCAACAACACACAUUUCAACACCUACAGCAGCCGCAACAAGCCCACCCCCUCCAGCAACAACAGCAACAGCAACAUCAACAACAUCAACCACAACCCCAUCAACAACAUCAUCAAAAUCUACAGCAACAACUACAAGCCCAGUCCCACCAACAACAGCAACCACAAUUUCACCAGCAACCCGAGCAUGGGUAAAUAA